AUGAUUCGCUCUGCCGCAUCUCGCCCUCUCCUGCGUACCCGACCUGCCAUACCGGCCCUAACCAGAGCAUUCUCGUCGACAUUACCCGUCAUGGCAGAAGGAGAUACCGGUGCCCCCAAGUCCCGUGGAUCGUUGGCAGCGUCAGAAAGAGAUUCCUUCAACAAACGCGAAGCCGCCGCUGAGGCCAUAUAUAUCAGACAGCAUGAGAUGGAGAAACUCAAACAACUCCAGGAGAAGCUAAAGGCUCAACAGAAACACAUGGAAGAAUUGGAUAAGCACCUUGAAGAAAUUACCAAGGGACAGGGCGGCGAGUUGAACUGA